AUGGUACUUAACCUACCGCAAUCCCCAAACACCGUCGAGGUGUCCCUGAUCGAUUCAGGCGCCCGUCUAGAAUUCCCAGCCCAGCAAUUCAUCACGCCUGGAAUAAAAGGCUAUGACCGUCUAGCAGUACCCUCAUAUUCUUUUCUUCUAACGCAUCCAUCCGGUCAGCGUAUCCUAUUCGAUCUGUCCAUCAGAUCUGAUUACGGAAAUCUCGCGCCAACAUUUGCCGAGUCAUGCACGAACACCGCAAAAAGCGGCUGGAAGAUACAUUCGCCGCACAGCGUCUCCGACAUUCUAGUCGAGAAUAGGGUACCUUUGGACGAUAUAAACGCCAUCAUCUGGUCGCAUCAUCAUUUCGACCACACUGGCGAUCCAUCCUUAUUCCCAAGCUCCACCGAUCUGGUGGUGGGACCUGGUUUCAAAAGCAGCUUCAUUCCGGGAUGGCCAGAGGGAGAUGAUUGCCCAGUAAAAUCAGACGAUUGGAAAGGCCGCACGCUGCGGGAAAUCAAGUUCGACGAGAAGAGCCUGAAGGUCGGGGACUUUCCUGCGGUGGACUGGUUUGGGGAUGGAAGUUUUUAUCUGUUACAUACCCCCGGCCACACUGCAGAACAUCUAGCGGGCUUGGCCAGAGUACAGUCAGAUUCCUUCGUUCUGAUGGGUGCGGACUUCGCCCACCAUCCCGGCGAGUUUCGACCUUCCAAGUAUACACCUAUGCCAGAGACUGUAAAGCCCUCCCCGCUACACUCCCACCCCCGAUUUGGGAGUAUCUGCCCAGGCCAUCUCUUCGACUCACUGGGACAUCAUGCCGGAAAGAAAGACCCGUUUUUCAAGCCAUCUAAGCAGUACACCCUCAAUUUCGAUGAGUGCAUUCGCACAGUCGAAGGGUUGACCGAAUUUGAUGCCGAUGAGCGGGUCUUGGUUCUGUUGGCCCAUGACCAUACUUUCUUGCCUAUAUUCACGGGCGAGGAGGAUGAUGAUGGAGGAUGGUUCUUCCCACAUAAGAAUCUCAAUGAUUGGCGACAGGCCGAUCUGAAGAACAGAGGGAGAUGGCGCUUCCUAAAUGAUUUCAAAGAUGCUAUCGAGAAAGAGUGA